CAAGGUUGGUUGUGAGUACGGUUGGCCCAAGGGAGGGGAUGAGGGAGGUGCGCUUCUGUUGGUUUACUGACAGACAUUGACAUUCCUUGAAGUCUCUCAGCUUCCAGGAACCUUUCCGAACCGGUUUUGUGAUCGACUGCGGGCUGAUCGAAGGUUGUGAUGGUGCAGACGUAGUGCUCGGUGUGUGGGGACUGAGGCCGGGACUUGUGCUGCUCCGCCGGCGGAGGCUGCGGGUAGUAUUGGGAGUACAGAAAAGGCAUCUUUUGAAAGCUGUGGAGACAUUUUGAUUAUCAGAGCUUUGUAUAAUACAGUCAUACAAUGGCGCAGUGGAAUCAGUUACAACAGUUGGAUACCAGGUAUCUGGAGCAACUGCACCAACUUUAUAGUGACAGCUUUCCUAUGGAGCUGAGGCAGUUCCUGGCAGCUUGGAUUGAAUCUCAGGAUUGGGGCUAUGCUGCCAGUAAGGAAUCACAUGCUACGUUGAUAUUUCACAAUCUCUUGGGUGAAAUUGAUCAACAAUACAGCCGAUUUUUGCAAGAAUCCAAUGUCUUGUAUCAGCAUAAUCUGCGGAAGAUUAAACAGUACCUGCAGAAUAGGUAUUUGGAGAGGCCUAUGGAAAUUGCACGAAUCAUAGCAAGAUGCUUAUGGGAAGAAGCUCGCCUCCUUCAAGUGGCUGCAACUGUCUCACAGCAAGCUGGGCAGUUGCCACAGCACAGUUCUGUCGUAACAGAGAAGCAACGAAUUCUUGAAGAUAAUCUACAGGAUGUACGGAAAAGAGUACAGGAUCUUGAACACAAGAUUAAAGUAUUGGAAAAUCUACAGGAUGAUUUUGAUUUCAACUACAAGACCUUAAAGAGCCAAGGUGAUGUGCAAGAUUUGAAUGGAAAUUCACAGACAGCAACAAGACAGAAAAUGGCACAACUAGAACAGAUGCUGACUGCAUUGGAUCAGAUGAGAAGGCAAAUAGUGGCCGACUUAGCUGCCCUCUUGUCUACUGUGGAAUUUGCGCAGAAGAUACUAAUGGACGAGGAACUUGCUGAGUGGAAAAGGCGACAACAAGUAGCGUGUAUUGGAGGUCCACCCAACAUCUGCCUUGACCGUCUUGAGAACUGGAUUACAUCCUUGGCUGAGUCUCAGCUUCAGACACGUCAGCAGAUUAAAAAACUGGAAGAACUACAGCAAAAAGUUUCAUACAAAGGUGAUCCUAUUGUUCACCACAGACCCGUGCUGGAAGAGAGGAUUGUGGAAUUAUUUAGGAGUUUAAUUAGAAGUGCUUUUGUUGUGGAGAGACAGCCUUGCAUGCCAAUGCAUCCGGACCGUCCCCUGGUGAUAAAAACGGGUGUGCAGUUCACAACAAAAGUGAGGUUGCUUGUUAAGUUUCCUGAGUUAAAUUAUCAGCUAAAGAUCAAGGUUGCCAUUGACAAGGAUUCUGGAGAUGGUUCCUCGUUGAGGGGGUCACGGAAAUUCAACAUUUUGGGAACCAACACAAAAGUUAUGAAUAUGGAAGAAUCAAACAAUGGAAGUCUGUCCGCAGAAUUUAAGCACUUGACACUGAGAGAACAGAGGUGUGGAAAUGGAGGGAGAGCAAGUAGUGAUGCCUCCCUCAUUGUUACCGAAGAGCUACAUCUGAUAACCUUUGAGACAGAAGUUUACCAUCAAGGACUUAAAAUUGAUUUGGAGAACUCUUCACUGCCAGUUGUGGUAAUCUCCAACAUCUGCCAGAUGCCAAAUGCUUGGGCCUCGAUCCUAUGGUACAACAUGUUAACCAAUAAUCCGAAGAAUGUGAACUUUUUCACAAAACCUCCAGUCGCCACAUGGGACCAGGUAGCAGAGAUUCUCAGCUGGCAGUUUUCUUCCACCACCAAACGAGGACUGGACAUGGAGCAGCUGGGAACACUAGCUGAGAAGCUGCUUGGUCCUGGUCAAAACUACGCUGGGUGCCAAAUCACAUGGGCAAAAUUUUGUAAAGAAAACAUGCCAGGGAAAGCAUUUUCCUUCUGGGUCUGGCUGGACAACAUCAUAGAUUUGGUGAAGAAAUUCAUUCUGUCUCUCUGGAAUGAUGGCUAUAUCAUGGGUUUCAUCAGUAAAGAAAGGGAGCGAGCCUUGCUGAAUGUGAAACCCCCAGGCACGUUCCUUCUUCGUUUUAGCGAGAGCAACAAAGAAGGAGGGAUCACGUUUACUUGGGUGGAGAAAGAUAUCAAUGGUAAAACCCAAAUCCAGUCUGUGGAGCCAUACACCAAACAGCAACUAACCAACAUGUCCUUUGCUGACAUCAUCAUAAGCUACAAGAUCAUGGACGCCACCAAUAUUCUUGUGUCGCCUCUAGUGUAUUUGUAUCCUGACAUUCCAAAGGAAGAGGCGUUUGGAAAAUAUUGCUGCAGUGAACCACCGGAAGCUAUUGAUCCCAAUGAUCCAGAAACAUUUGCAUAUCUGAAGAGAAAAUUCAUUUGUGUGACACCAACUAAUUCUGGUAACACAAGUGACCUGUUCCCAAUGUCUCCUCGAACCCUGGACUCGUUAAUGCACUGCGGGAACAACAGUGAUGGAAAUGAACAAGGAGCAGCAGGUGGCCUUGAAUCCAUCACCCUGGACAUGGAGUAUGGCACGGAUUAUGCUUCUUCCCCGAUGUAGAUUUUGCGCGCCAUUAGCCAAUGUGGGAAUCUGUCUCAGUUAUAACUUCAAUAUGAUAAACCACUAAUUGCAAUGGUUUACAAGCAAUUUGUUUAUAUCUGUUGUCUUUUGAGAAUUAACACCUUAAGUUACUUCUCUGUUGCAUAUAAUGCUUCUACUGCAUUGUAUUAUGUUAAUUUCUGGCUGCUUGUUUUAAAUUUAACCCAACGAAAGGCUUUUGUAUUGCACCAGUUGGACCAUGUGCAACUUGGAUUUUAUCAUUCCGUUGCAGAUGAUACUAAAUAUACUUUUGUGUUGCACAGCUCUGGUGCAUUGGGACAAUGUGCUGCCUUUCCAUGGUCCUUUUUCAUCUGGAUUUAGUAGUUAACCAUUUCAAGUGCAGUCACAGCUCUGGGAUUUGAAGUGAUUCUUCACGAGUAUAUCUCUUGGUUUGAGUUCUGAACUGUGUCUUGGCUGCAGUACACCUUGAGUGGGAGAUGAAAUUCAGUUAUGCAGAAACAAGAUACUGGUGUGUGAUCAGUGUAUUUUUAUUAAUUCCAGGUAUAUGAUGACCUGGGAAAACUAGUGUUAGUUAUUGCUAAGAAGGUGGUAGUGGAUUUCCUCUAAACUAUUGCCGAGGUUUUAUGCAGCUGAGUAGCUUACUAACUAUUUCAGAAAAUGGUAAUAUUAACCCAAAAUGGCAGUAGGUGUCUCUCAAAAGAUAUCAGUACGCCAUCAGAUUUAUACAAAUAGACCAAAGAAAAUUGUUCGUUAGUUCAAAAUUUUAAUUUUCAAUGGUUACCCUUUUGCAAACUAGCAUAAUGGGACUUGAGUUUGCAUGCAUUGGAUUAUCAGUCCAUGUCUCGAUUACUUGUACUGAGUAGUGUUCUGACCGCCUGAAAGAGAGACCAAAGGGAAAUGGAAUAGGUCUCUCUGCUGAUGAGCUCUGGUUCUCAGAAGAGAAUCAUAUUGUCAGUGGCCAUGGCACGGCUCGUUCAAUGUAUAAUUACAGCAGUCCGCUUGCAAAUUAUUGAUGAAUGGAUAUGUGCAAUGGUAAAUUUAGCAGCAAAGCGAGGUUAGUGAGACUGAUUAAGUAAGUGAAAAGCUCUUCUCGAAAAUUGUUUUUAUAUUAAAAGCAUUUUUUAAACACGUCUUCAGACCGGAAGUUGAAGCUUCCUCCAUGUGGUAUGGCUGCCACUGAGGAAAGGAGAAUCCACGAUUACCAAAAUUGGGAAAAGUUUGAAAAUAUAAAUUGCAUCUUACUGCAGUGGAUCCUCAUUAAUUUUUGAACUUUGAAGCAUAUUGUUUUCAUGGGUGAAAUGAAUGAUGCUUUAAAUAAGCCUGGGCCAGAGAUCAAUUCAAAUGUUUUAUUUGCAUUUAACUGAGGAUUUAAGGUGCGAGACUGUUCUGUAUUUCAGUAAAGCUGUCUUUAUUGGUGACAAAGGCAUAUGUGGGAAUGCAUUUUAAAGAAUUUUUAAUGUUACUCAAAUGCUUGAGGCUUCUUGAAUUGUUGAAUAUGCAGGUAAAAUGUGACGCCAACAUUCUUCAAAUCUGGCAUAGGACGACAGAACCAUUUCAGCUCCCGUUAUCCAGACUGGUGGAGAGAGGCCCGAUUCGAACUGCCAUUUGGCUUAAAAUUUAGAAAUAUUGUCUGCUAGCGCAUUAUAUUUCUUAUUCUUCCCCUUUCAAAGCCCUUGGAAGAUCAGACUAUAGUACUGAGACUAUCAGUGAGCACAAUGCUGCCACAUAGGGAAUGUUGAGUGCAUCAUCACUGUCUCCACCAACUUGGCUCACACAUCCAGAAUGAGGUCUCACAGAAGCAGUAUUUUGUGAUGUUUUUAGAGAUUUUCCCCAAAGAGGGUUGGCACGGUGGCGCAGCGGUAGAAUUGCUGCCUUACAGCGACAGAGUUACCGAGUUUGAUCCUGACUACGGGUGCUUGUCAGUAUGGAGUUUAUACGUUCUCCCCGUGACCUGUGUGGGUUUUCUCCAGGAACUCUUGUUUCCUUCCAGUCUCCAAAGACGUACAGGUUUGUAGGUUAAUCGACUUGCUAUAAUUGUAAAUUGUCCCUAGUGUAUGUAGAAUAUCAUUUGUGUGCGGGAUCGCUGGUCGGUGUGGACUUGGUGGGCCGAAGGUCCUGUUUCUGCGAUGUAUCUCCAAAUUAAACUAAACUAAGCCUUGGGGAGGAGGUGCAGAAUUACCAGUUUAAAGCUGUUUUUUGGACAGAAAAAUAUUCCCAUUCAUCAUGGGUGUUGGAAAAGAAAAUUCUAUCGGAGAACUUCAAAGAUGUCCAAAUGGAACAACAUCUCCAUUGUUGAUUUAUUUAUCAUCUAACACAGUUCUAUGUUGCUUAAAGGUUUCCAUCAAAUGUAGCUGCUUUUCAGAAAUAGGGAAGCCAUUGUAUCUUGAAUUGAGAGAAAAUGUGCAACAUAACGAAUUCUAAAACAAGUUCAGCAUCGCUGUUAAACUAAAGCAAUCUACUACAGUACAUCCAAUUGAAAUGCUCAAAACGAAUUAAAUUCACAUCUGAAAUGUAUGAUUUGAUCACAAAUGUAAAUGAAAAGUGUAUAAAUAGGCAGCAUUCAUAUGGUGUAAAUUUUAUUGCUGUACUACUGAAAAUGUCUCUUUACCCUUUUACUGAUUAAAAGGCUAAGCUUUAACUGUC